CCUCAGUGGUCCUUGGCUCCUGAAGUGUCUCGGACCCUCAGCUCAGGACUGCUGUCAGGGGAAGCAUGUUGCUGCAGAAACUGUGUGUGUGGAUGCUGUCGGUGCUGUGCAGCUCGGACCUGUGUUGGGGCUUUGUCUCCGGGCGGCCCAAGCGCUCAGGAGAGGACGGGACCGCAGCCAGGAUGGAGACUCGCUCCUUGCCGGUCUAUGUGCCGACCUCCGGCUCCUGCAGGAACAGAUGCUAUGAGCUAGUGGAGGCCGAGGCCCCAAACUGUCGCUGUGACAACCUGUGUAAGACCUACAACAGCUGCUGCUCUGACUUCAACCAACUCUGCCUCCGGACAGAGGGAGGUUAUGAAUGCAGCAAGGAUCGAUGCGGUGAGACCCGGAAUGAACAGCACGCCUGCCACUGCUCUGAUGACUGCCUCGCCAGGGGAGACUGCUGCACCAACUACAGGAAGCUGUGCAGAGGAGAAACUUCCUGGGUGCAGGAUGAAUGUGAGGAAAUCAGGAGCCCAGAGUGUCCUGCUGGGUUUGCUCGUCCACCUCUCAUCGUACUGUCUCUCGAUGGGUUCAGAGCGUCUUACGUGAAGAGGGGGAACUCCAUCAUACCCAACAUCGAAAAACUCCGAACAUGUGGAACCCACGCUCCUUACAUGAGGCCUGUUUAUCCUUCCAAAACCUUCCCUAACCUCUAUUCAAUAGCAACAGGUCUCUAUCCAGAGUCUCAUGGCAUCGUUGGAAACUCCAUGUAUGACUCAAUAUUUAAUGCAACAUUCAACCUGAGGAGCAGAGAAAAGCUGAACCACCGCUGGUGGGGAGGACAACCAAUCUGGAUCACUGCCCUCAAACAGGGACUGAAAGCUGCCAACUUCUUCUGGCCUGUGGCCAUUCCUUCGGAGAGGAGGAUCCUGACUUUGCUGCAGUGGCUCCAUCUUCCUGAAGGAGAGAGGCCCUAUGUUUAUGCCAUGCACUCUGAGCAACCAGACGCUUAUGGACACAAAAUGGGCCCAAAAAGUGCAGACGUGAGUAGGUUUGUUCCAGGAGAUUCUGAUCCUGAGAGGGUUUGGUCGCUCACGGCUUCCUUUAUCCUCUUCCAGCUUAACAAUCCUUUGAGGGUGGUUGAUCGGAUUGUGGGCCAGCUGAUGGACGGACUCAAGCAGAUGAACCUGCACCGAUGUGUCAACAUCAUCCUGGUGGGAGACCAUGGUAUGGAAGAGGCUCACUGUGAUCGCACAGAGUUCCUCAGCAACUACUUGACCACUGUUGAUGACAUCAUCCUCGUCCCUGGGUCUCUUGGCAGAAUACGCUCCAGAUAUCCCAGCAACCUCAAAUAUGACCCCAAGGCUGUUGUUGCAAAUCUAACAUGUAAGAAAGCAGAGCAGCACUUUAAGCCGUACCUGAAGCAGCACCUGCCUAAGAGACUGCACUAUGCCAACAAUCGGCGUAUUGAAGACAUCCACCUGCUGGUGGAGAGGAAGUGGCAUGUGGCCAGGAAAGUCCCAGUGGGGAGGAAACACUGUGGAUUCUUAGGCGACCAUGGAUAUGACAAUAAGAUCAACAGCAUGCAGACUAUUUUCUUGGGCUAUGGACCUUCAUUUAAAUUCAAGACCAAAGUUCCAGCCUUUGAAAACAUUGAGCUGUAUAACGUCAUGUGUGAUCUCCUGGGUCUAAAACCGGCUCCAAACAAUGGAACUCAUGGCAGUCUGAACCACCUGCUGAGAAGUCCAACUUUUAGACCCACCAUGCCAGAGGAGGUGUCCAGGCCGACGGCCUCCAACCUCAUUCCUAUGGCAACAAAUGACUUGGGCUGCAACUGCGAUAAAAAGGUGUCUGCUGAAAGGCUGAAGGUGAAGAGAGAUUUUCUUUUUUCAUUAACGUUGCGUGUAAAAAGUAGGGGCCAGAGAGGUUUGAAAGUGACCCUUGUACGAGGCUAUAACCUGGAGUCACUCUGGCUCUGUCUCUUACAGAACAAAGUGGAGGAGCUAAACCGGCGAUUGAGGCAAGCUAUUGAUGACAGCAGGAACCUGCCGUAUGGCCGACCUGCUGUCCUCUUCCAUGAUAAAUACACCAUCCUACAUCACAGCGACUACAUCAGCAGCCACAGUGAAACCCUGUUCAUGCCCCUCUGGACAUCCUACACUGUCAGCAGACAGGUAGAGCUGUCUCCUCUGCCUGAGUCUCUGUCCAACUGUGUGAGACCGGACGCCAGAGUCCCACCGCCCUUCAGCCAGUCGUGUUCCAACUACAGAGCAGAGAAACAUGUCACAUAUGCCUUCCUGUACCCGCCGCAGCUUUCCUCAAACCUGGAGAAAAAAUACGAUGCUGUCCUCAUCACCAAUACCGUGCCCAUGUAUCCUGCAUUUAAGAGAAUCUGGACUUUUUUUCAGAAAGCUCUGGUGAAGAAAUACGCCACUGAGAGGAACGGAGUGAACAUUCUUGUUGGACCCAUCUUUGACUACAAUUAUGAUGGAGUCAGAGACUCGGCUGAGACAAUCAGAGACCAUGUGAGUGGAGUCGUCCCCAUCCCGACUCAUUACUUCGUGGUCCUGACCAGCUGCCUGGACUUCACACAGCCUGCAGACUCAUGCAACGGUCCACUGAGCAGCGCCGCUUUCAUCCUCCCACACCAAUCCCACAACGACGAGACCUGCAACAGCUCUGAGGAUGAGUCCCGCUGGGUGGAGGACCUGAUGAAGAUGCACACGGCCCGGAUCAGAGAUGUGGAGCUGCUCACAGGCCUGGACCUGUUCCGGAGAACCAGCCGGAGCUACGCCGAGAUCCUUUCCUUUAAAACAUUUAUGCACACGUAUGAGAGCGAGAUCUGACCUUUGCUGACCUUUUCUGCAGUUGUGGUGGAGGAAUGUGGCACACGCUUCCAUCUCUGUCUGUCUACAGUAUGUACGGCUAGAACACCACUGAACUCUUCCAAAACUGUGCAAAGGUCUUGAAUCAUCCCUCAUCUCACCUUCCUUUUGAGGACCCAGAAGAUCAUGUAGCCUUUCGGUUCCCUGAAGGACUUUCUAGAGUUGCAGAGAUACAAUUUUACAUCCUCUUGGCACCUUAGUAUAAACAUGCUGCACUAAAAAUCAGUUUGUUUGCAUUUUUUCUUUUAAGCUACAAAUUACACUCAAAACAUCCCAGAAUGAAAGGUAUAAUAAUCAUAUUUUUGCACUUAUGUGAUUCCUGAGCAGGCGUUAUGUUACGCCUCAACCAUCCAAAGAUGGUUUAAAGGCUGCUGCCUCUGCACUUUGUUGCCCCUGUAUCCCAUCAGCUAAAGCUGGAGUCCAAAGAAUCUUCUCUGCAGCAGCUCCAGGUGACUAUACAGUCACACAUAUUUUGGUUUCUUUCAGAAAUGUUGUUGCACAGUACAUGAAUAUUCUGAUUAGCUUAAUGAGAAUCAUGUGGAAUUUGUGUUAAUCAUCCAUCCUCAAUACCUGCUUAGUUCCUGCAGGGGGAGCCUGUCUCCAGGGGUCUGUGUACUCCCCCUGCAGGUCGCCAAGUAGACACACACACUCAAACCUUAGCACAAUGAAGUCCCCUUAGAAGCUGUGAGAUGAGUUGCAGUUGUACCACUUCAUCAGGCUUAGAAAAUAAUCAACAGGCCGAUAUGGAAUCACUCUGGCUGGAGAUUAUUGAAUAAACCUGAUCUGUAUGCCACCCUUCAUAAAAAAGCCGUUGCUUUUAAAUGCAAUUUAACGGUAAUGAUGUAUCUGUGUUUGUGAGGUUGCGUGUGUGUGUGUGAGACAAAUAUAACAUAUCGGACUGUAAAUGUGGCUUGAAUGUGUGUGUGGGUGUGUGUUGUGACUUUGAUUUGUGCACAAUUAAAUUUGUUGAUUAUAAUAAAAGUUUGAUCAAAAUCA